AAGUUGGAAUAUAUCACAAAGUGCAAUUGACAUUCGGGCUGCUGAUGCCGGAUUCAAGAUGGCAUCGCAAGUUUUGGACAGAGCAGGGUGACCAAUUCGUGACUUUGGCCGAAUAUGAUGCGGUCUUGAACACCGUGAGCACCUCCCGAUCACGAGGCUUUACGAAGUGGCGCCGUCCUGCUGCAAGCGAGGUUUUGGUUUUAGUUAUGGCCAGCCACUCCUUGCAGGAGAGGGUGGCACUCCUGGAGCACACUUGGUCAGAUGUGGAUAUGCAGCGACUGUACCUGGUGGAUGAUUGGUUGUCCACAGCUCCGCAAGAGAGGCAAUGGCGCCCUCAAACCCCAUCUUCCAAUUCCGCAGGUAGCUUUGGAAUGGAGAGUAAUUAUUGGGAUGCUCAAAGUCGCCAAUUGGAGUUCAUGCAAAAACAUCCAAAUGUGAAGAGCUUGGGCUUCCCUGUCCCGAACUGGGUCGUGCUUGCAGAUGAUGAUACUUUUAUCCACGUAGAUGCACUUCUGGACUUCAUUGCUGGCCAUGAUCCCGAAGUUCCUGCCUUGUUUGGAUAUAUUUUGAGCGAUGCACAUGUCUUGGGCUAUGACUAUCCAUGUGGCGGAGCUGGAAUGUUGCUUUCCUUUGCUGCCUAUGAUGUUUUGGCACCCAGACUCUUAGCUGAUUGUCCUUUGCUGGCCUUCAAUGACUUGACCCUGGGCUUUUGUGCUCAUUCUCAAAGUGUACCCGUGGUGCACCAUCCAGGUAUGCAUUGUGCCCCAGAUGUGAAUAGGGCCAUGCGGACAGGGGAGAACUUGUUGGACAUCCAAAAAGGCAUCGCUGUACACAGACUCAUAGGAUUUCAAAGCUUCAUAGAGCUUGUUGGCACUCUUGACAUGCUCAAGGGUCAAGUUCGAGCAUUGCUUCAACGCCGUUGCUUAUUGGCAGCUCGCAGCGGUGAUGACAGCGAACCAUUGGAUUCAAGACGUUUCUUUUGGUCAGUAGAAGCCUUUGAGGAUGCUGUAAGUGCCUGUCGUGGCCAUGCACCAAGAGUUCCAACGGAAAAUCCAACAACAUCAAACCUCCACUUGGAUUUUUUCUUCUUUGGAGGAGGUCUCCCGGUGGCCGGAUACCACAAGGAUCGAAGUGUUCCUUUGCUAGCAGAGCCCGCCUUGAGGGCGGCACGUUGGCCGGAAUGGAUGGAGCAGCUCAGGCAUUUGAAGGAUUGCACAUUGGAGAGCGAAAGCUUUGAGAUGUUCGACGGCGAAAGUCCCCAAUGCAAAAGCUUGGGUGAAGCAAAGCGGAGUCACAAGAGUUUGUCUGAAAGGAAAGAAACAGUGAGCUGGAAGGCAUCUUGGCGCUCAACGGUGCCACGGCUAUCCCGUCUUCAAGUGGAGGCCACAGGCUAUGAAGCUUUGGCAGCCAAUGCUGAAGUUGAUGCGUUGAAGGUGAAAGAAUCUUUUGAAGCUUUGGAAGCGAACAGAAGGCCUGAGGAAAAGGAGUCUGAGGACACCAGAAGACACUCGUCUACCAAGUCCUGGCUGGAAGAGUUGAAGAGUUUUGGUAAAAAGUUGAAGGCCUUGAAGUGGAGAUCUCCUGGGAGGCGAUGGAUCUUCGUGGACUUUUCUCCAUCCUCCACCUUUCUAAAUGUCUUUGAAUCUCUUCGGAUUCUACGUGGCCUUUCCAAUCUCUACCACGAUGUGUCUACAAGAUCUGUUUACUUGGAAGAUGUUCGAGGGCCUGUGGAUUUGGGUGCCGAACGCCCACCUCCACUGGCUUUAGCUUAUGAAUACUUUGAUCUCAACGUGGAACAAGCAGCUGGUCUUUGGCUCAAUGGAGUGGCACUCCAGCGGAUUCUCCGUUGUCGACCACUACAGCAUCCCAUCAAAUUGGAUCCAGAAGCUCAUGCCAACGAUUGGGAGAAAGAAGAGGAUCGACUUGCUUUGAUGUGGCACAAUGCCAUUGCAGUGGACAUCUUCCGAGCUUUGCGUUUUUGCGGUGUGGUGCUCUUGCACACACCUUCCAUGGUUCCUCAUGCACUGUCUUACUUGCCGUAUUCCACGUACCGGCGAUCACAUCCUCCGUCAGUGGCAACAUCAAUGUCCAUUGGAAACAUUGCGUCGCGUGAGCAGAUGUGGGCGCUCUCUCAGCUAGUUACUCGUCGUGCUUGCUCAGCUCAACGCCGCGUGAACAAAGCGUUGCAGAUGAUGUGCAGACCAAUGGCUUCUGCUUGGAAACUACCAUUGCACAUGCGGAUGCUCGGAGGUGAAUCAGCCUACAACUUCAGCCGAGAGAACUGGCGCUUGCCUGGUGCAUGCUUCCUGGGGCAGUCACUGGUGGCCUUCCGCUCUGAGCACUUUCUGCCAGAUGCUCAAGCCGCAGGUCUUGGGAGCAUCACGAGCAGUCCUCGAACAUAAUAUGUGGGACAUGGAAGCAUCAACUUUGUCAUGUUGGCGAUUGGCGGAGAAGCGAAGAGAUUAACAUUGAUCAGUCCUGAAAUGCGAAGAAGAUAAGUCUUGUCGGCUUGAUCCUGGAGGGAUGCGAAGAGAACAUUUCCAGUUCCAACAUCGCCAGCGUCCGACUCGAGAUCUCAAGGUCGUGUGCUCUUCUGAGUUCAGCAUAUCAUGUGUGCACGUCCACGGCACCACUUGCCUGAUCGAGAGUGGUUUCACAGAGGCAACGGCAACAGCCACACUUUCGUCCAUAGCUGGCCACAAGGCUCUGUGCCGACAGAAGCGCCAAGUGUUGAAAAGGCAGGGAAUUUAGCAGUGGCACAAGCUACCACCUUGCUGGUGUGCGAUACAA